CGGGACGGCAGUCGUCAACUGCUGCCGCCGAAGCUCGAGGCCGUCUCCGGGCGAUCUCUCGUCUCCAAACACGGCCACGCGCAUCCUCCCUGCUUCUUUUCUGCUCCUCCACCUGGUGACAGCGUACCCAGCAGCGACGAAAAGAACCAAACGGGAGCGACGAAAGCGACGGAGAAUAUCCAUCCGCAGCGAGAGGAGAAAGAAGACAAAGUCGACGAGGAUUGCAACGCCAAGCGGAGCCGGCCCAACUCCCCAUAUUACCAUCUCCCUCUUUUUCUCUUCCCCCUCCCUCCUCCAUGUCUCCGCCUUCUCUCGUUCGUGUCGCCCGUCGCCCGACACCCGUUUCGGUGGAACCACACGCCGCUCGAUCGUCAUGGGUUGCAUCCAGGCCAAGGGCCCCUCCAUGGAUUCUCCCCUCGGAGAGAGCCACCUCAACGUGAUGAUGCGCGAAAACGACUACUUCCCCGUCCGACGCGACGACGACAAGCAACAGCCCCUGGUCAUCCGGCCGCCGCCGGGCCGCGGAGCACGGGUCUCGGUCGUGAUGUGCGAAGAAGAAAGCGAGGGCAAGGCAGUAGUGCCUGAAAAUACCUUGCUUCCGCCGUCCCAACUGGUGAAGCCGGUGGUCGGUGACGCAGAUGAGUUGGUCGAUGGAUGGCCUCGCUGGCUUGUCAACAAUGUUCCACCAGAGAUGCUCGCCGGGUUGAUCCCAAAGAGUGCCGAUUCCUACGAAAAGCUUGAUAAGGUAGGCCAGGGGACAUAUAGCAAUGUGUACAAAGCUCGAGAUCGUGAUACAGGAAAAAUUGUUGCCUUAAAGAAGGUUCGCUUUGACACAUCAGAAUCUGAGAGUGUGAAAUUCAUGGCAAGAGAAAUUAUGAUACUGCAAAAGCUCGACCAUCCCAACGUCAUUAAACUUGAAGGGCUUGCUACUUCGAGAAUGCAUUACAGCUUAUACCUUGUCUUUGAUUAUAUGCGGUCUGAUUUAGCAAGGGUUAUUUCACGCUCUGAUGCAAGACUCACUGAACCACAGGUAAAGUGUUAUAUGCGGCAAAUUCUCUCUGGUCUACAGCACUGUCAUGAGAGGGGAAUCUUACAUCGGGACAUUAAGGGUUCCAAUUUAUUGAUUGACAAAAAUGGAGUGCUGAAAAUUGCUGAUUUUGGCCUUGCAAAUUUUUAUAAUCCUAACAAGAAAUGUUCACUUACGAGCAGAGUAGUGACCCUCUGGUAUAGAGCACCUGAGUUGUUAUUGGGUACUACAGAUUAUGGAGUUGGUAUUGAUCUCUGGAGUGCUGGUUGUCUUCUUGCUGAAAUGUUUGUUGGGAAACCAAUCAUGCCCGGAAGGAAUGAGGUUGAACAGCUCUAUAAAAUAUUUAAGCUAUGUGGAUCACCAUCAGAAGACUACUGGAGAAAGUUAAAGUUGGCUACUAUCUUCCAACCCCCACCGCCUUACAAACCAAGCAUUGUUGAAACUUUUGGAGAUUUCUCAUCAUCUGCCCUUAAUUUAUUGAUGGUGCUUCUUGCGCUAGACCCCUCCAAUCGUGGUACUGCAGCAUCUGCUUUGCAAAGUGAUUUUUUCAGCACAAGGCCCUCGGCGUGUGACCUUUCAGACCUUCCUGUAAUGUAUAAAGAGGCUGAUGAACCAAUUCAGCUAUAUGAGCGAAGAAAGCGUAAUGCUUCUUCGAAACAACAGUCUCGAAGACAAAGAGAUGGUGAAAGGAAACUAGUAACUGUGAACACAAAAAGUGAUUCUGGAUCAUCAAAAGAGGAGAAACCGACAGAUCUGCUCACCGAUAGCCAAGAACCGGGCAGCAGCACAGGAAGUUCUUCCUCUAGCAUCAAAGCUGAAGGGUCAACUCCAAUCCAAAGAGAAUCACAGAGAACAAGGCUUCCUGACAGUCCAUAUGUUUGAUGGAAAACAUGCAUAUGCGUCGGAUGCCGGCUUCCUUCCGCAACAGGUUUCCAUAUGUUUGAUGGAAUUUAUACAAUAUGAAAUUUUACAAUAUACAUAUGAAAUUUUACCAGACUACCA